AUGGACAUUGUGGAAUCAGCCUCCGCGGAAGAGCUUCGUGCUGUCGUCCUGGCACUCUGCAAGGAUGGAUCUAUAGAGAGACAAAUCGUGAGCCACCUCGUGAAACUCAGAGGCGCGCGCGCAGAAGCUUCAAAGACUGGGGAAAUGGAGAUAGAUUACGACGACGAGGAUACAUGGGCCGACUGGGACGAGAAUUGCCAUGGUAUCAUGGACUCGAAGCAAAGCCGAGAGGAAUGGCCAGACGGUUUCAUCUGGGACUGCUGCGAGGCGCGGGGCUCGGCUCCAGGGUGCACAAAAGGACAUCACUACGCCAUUGAGGGAAAGAGGAUGAAGACCACCACGGAGGACGACUCGGUCUCCGAGUUCAGUGACGAGUAG